AAUACAAAACGAGUGUAAGUGAGUGUACUUCUUCUCAUUCAUCAUUGCACUUCCAAUUCAUGACAUUCGUAAAUAUUUAUGUUGUUAUCAGAAAUAAUCAAAUAAACGAAUUUGCAAUAGCAAUAAAGUCGUAGUUUAAAUGUUAAAAAUUGUUUGCAAUGAGCAGUGAAGAUUUAAUUAACUCCUACCCAGAUUCUGUAGGGAUGUCAUUAAAUGAUGUAAAUAUGGAUACAAAUAUUAUCUAUGUUUGCAAUAUCUGUUUUCGGCAAUAUACACUACUCGAGGACUUACGAGGACAUUUCAUUGAAUAUCACAAAUGUACACCAAAAGUCGCAGAAAGGCCGUUGAAAGAGGGAAAUUCAUUUGCUCCAAUUAAUAAAAAUUGUCAGACAGUUGAAACUGAGGAAUCAGAUGAUUUACAAAACUUACAGAUCGAAACUGAAAAAGAGAAGGUUGUGAAACUGGAAAUACGACCAAUGCCAUUUAAAAGCUUUCGAAUAGUGCUACGUUCCAAAAUGAUUAAGGGAUGUCCUGUAACGAACUCCUGUCCUUAUAAAUUUGAAAAUGAAUCGAAACUGUCAUUACAUACUAAGUGUCAUACAAGCCCGAAUGCAGUUCAAAAAUUCAAAUGCUAUGAGUGUAAUGUCGAGCUGACAAACUGGAGGCGUUGCACGGCACACCUGUGGAAAGCACACCAAAUAGAUGUAGAUCUAUUACAGUGCCCACAAUGCGAGUACAAGGCACAUGCGUCUGUACUUGUUUGGCGUCAUAUGCGGGCCCAUAAGAAGUGGCGGUUGCGAGUUCUCCGCUCUUUACGAGCAGUGCAACGCAAACGCUUGCAGCAGGACUUGAAGCAUACUGAUGUGAACGCUGUUCCCGCUGCUCCUGUAAACAAAAAUAAGUAUUACGCUGAAAAGACUUGUGAAAUUUGUAAUCGGAAUUUCGUAAAUGGCAAAACACUUUCGAAACACGUCAAGGCGGUACAUAAUAAAAUUAAACCAUUUAUAUGCAAUGUAUGCGGCAAGAAAAUGGCGCGCAAGGCCAGUUUGAUUAUCCAUAUGCGCCAACACACGGGCGAAAAGCCUUUACAUUGUAAAAUAUGCAAAUUUUCAACCAGAGAUCCCAGCGUCUUACACAAACACCAGCUGCGCCACGAGAAGGCCGAAAAAUUGAAAUGCAAACACUGCGACUUCUUCUGCAUUCAAACCAGCGCAUACAAACGCCAUAUGCGUUUGAACCAUUUGGAGGAGUAUAAAAAAAUUGCGUGCGACUUGUGUAAUUAUGUGACAAUAAGCUGUGAACGCCUGCAGGCACACAAAAGUGAUCACAAAAAAGGAUUAAUCGUUAAUCACGAAGAUUCUAUGGAUGCAACACGUACCGGCUCUUCUAAGAAUCUCCACAAAUUACGAAAUAAAAAUGAGAUGUCUGCUGAUUGUUUCUUACCAAUUGAAAGUAUAGAUUCACUGCCGCAUGAGCCAGCUGUAGAUACUGGCGGGGUAACAAUACCCGCGCCUUCGGAGGAUACACAGUUCCCCACCUAUUUAAACAACUGAUAUCUCAUAUGCAAAGACUAUAUUUCUUUAUAAACAUUUCUUUAUUUAUUUCAUUUCUUAUGAUAUGAUUUCAACUUUUUGAAUAAUUAUUAUUAAUGUUUUUUUGUUUUUGUAAUUUACUGCACAAGUCUGAAAAAGUCUCGCUAAAUAUUCG